AUGCCGCCCCGCCCAAAGAAAACGGGCCCGACGGAGAUUGGAGAUGGGGCAGCAAAGCCUGCGCGGAAGAAAAAAGAGCAUCCUGCUCCUGCAGCUAAGGACGACUUCUCAAACCUCCUCGAGCCCUUCUACUACGGCAAAUCUCUCACAGACCCCAUCAAUACCGCCACUGACAAAUGGAAUCUGCUCCCUGCUUUUCUCAAAGUCAAGGGCCUGGUCAAGCAGCACAUUGACUCGUUCAACCACUUUGUAGAUGUAGAGCUCAAGAAGAUUGUGGAGGCGAACCGCGUUGUGCAUAGCGAUGCCGACGACAAGUUCUUUCUCAGGUACACCGAUAUUCGAGUAUUGAAGCCAAAUCGUAUCGAUGAGGAUAUCAAAGAUAUGAAGUACAAGGAGAGCAACAUCACGCCGAAUGAAUGCCGGUUGAGGGACUUGACUUAUGCGGCGCCUAUUGUUGUGGACAUCGAGUACCGGCGGGGCAACAAAAUGGUACGCAGAAAAGACAUCAAAAUCGGGAGACUGCCGAUCAUGCUGCGGAGUAACAAGUGCGUGUUACAUGGACGAGCUAAUAGAGAUAUGGGCCUGCUCAAUGAGUGUGAGAUUGAUCCGGGUGGAUACUUCGUGGUGAGAGGCCAGGAAAAGGUGAUUUUGGUUCAAGAGCAGUUGAGCAAGAAUCGAGUCAUUGUGGAGAGCGCAAAGGGAAUCAUGCAGGCGAGCGUGACUAGUUCCACACACGAGAGGAAAUCGAAGACGUAUGUGAUCCUGAAGAAAGGACGCUUAUACCUGCGGCACAACAUUCUCAACGAAGAGAUUCCUAUCGUCUUCAUUCUCAAGGCUAUGGGAAUCCAGUCCGAUCACGAGAUUAUCUUGCUCGUGGCUGGAGAAGACACAGUCUAUCAAGACCAAUUCGCGCCAAAUUUCGAGGCAUGCACGAGGGAGAACGUGUAUACUCAGCAACAAGCGUUAGACUAUAUCGGCAGCAAGAUCAAGAUGACGAGGAAACCAUCCGGUUACCAGAAACGAAACUAUCAGCAUGAAGCCAUCGAAUGUCUGUCGACGAUCGUCAUAACUCACGUCCCCGUCUUUGGGAUGAAUUUCCGGCCGAAAGCUCUCUACGUGGCUUUCAUGGCACGAAGGGUUCUGAUGGCAAUGCAUGACCCAACUUUGGUUGACGACAGGGAUUACGUUGGUAAUAAGCGAUUAGAAUUGGCUGGCCAGAUGCUAUCGAUUCUGUUCGAAGACCACUUCAAGAGGUUCAAUCACGAGUUCAAGGUGAAUAUCGACAAGGUCCUCAAGAAGCCAAAUCGGGCCUCAGAGUUUGACGCGUACGACCACAUGCAUAUGCACGGCAAUCACCUAACUAUGGGUAUUGAACGAGCCCUGUCGACCGGGAACUGGAAUUUGAAACGAUUCAAGAUGGAGAGAGCUGGUGUUACGCAUCUGCUGAGUCGGCUGAGCUACAUCAGCGCUAUCGGCAUGAUGACAAGAAUUAGCAGUCAGUUCGAGAAGACGAGGAAAGUCAGUGGACCUCGGGCUUUACAACCAUCGCAAUUUGGCAUGCUUUGCCCAUCGGACACUCCCGAAGGAGAAGCUUGCGGUCUCGUCAAGAACUUGGCGCUCAUGACACACAUCACCACCGAAGACGAAGAAGAUCCUGUCCGGAAGUUGGUCUUCAUACUCGGCGCCGAAGACAUUGUCUCUGCCAGUGGUUACGAGAUACACGGUGUCGGUGCCUACGUCGUUUUCGUCAACGGCACCCCGAUUGCCGUAACACGAACCCCCAAGAAGUUCCUGACUGAUUUCCGGAGAUUCAGGCGGAUAGGGAGAAUGUCCGAGUUUGUGAGCAUCUACAUCAAUCAUCACCACAACGGAGUCCAUAUUGCAACAGACGAAGGGCGUAUCUGUCGCCCACUCAUAAUCGUUGAACGAGGACGCACAAAAGUCACUGCUAGAUAUCUGAAAGCUUUGCGUAAAGGCACGAUGAACUUUGACGACUUCCUUACUCGCGGACUUGUUGAGUAUGUUGAUGUCAAUGAGGAGAACGAUUCCAAUAUCGCCGUCUACGAAAAAGACAUCAACGAACACACCACUCAUCUCGAGAUUGAGCCUUUCACAAUACUAGGCGCGGUAGCAGGAUUGAUUCCGUACCCACAUCAUAACCAGUCGCCUCGAAACACGUACCAGUGUGCUAUGGGUAAGCAGGCCAUUGGAUCUAUCGCAUACAACCAAUUUACUCGAAUCGACACCCUCCUCUACUUGAUGGUCUAUCCCCAGAAGCCGCUAGUUUCCACCAGGACGAUCGAGCUGAUCAAGUACGACAAACUCCCCGCUGGCCAAAAUGCGACCGUAGCCGUCAUGUCUUACUCUGGCUACGAUAUCGAGGACGCCCUCGUCCUCAACAAAGCCUCCGUCGACCGCGGCUUCGGCCGCUGCCAAGUAUUCAAGAAGAUCGCAGUCCAACUGAAAAACUACGCCAACGGCGCCAGCGACAUGAUCAACGCCAGCGCGCGAGACCCUAAGAACCCCAACCACCUCAAAAUCGGCGGCGACGGCAUCGUCGAAGUGGGCAUGGAGCUCGCAAAGGACGACGUCUACCUCCUCAAGUCCACCCCCGCCAACACCAGCGUCUCCUCCUUCAGCGGCGGCGCAAAUGCGUACGGUGGCAGCGGCGAGUGGCGCGACAGCCACUCCACCUACAAGCUGCCAGACCCUUCCUACGUCGACAAGAUCAUGGUCGCCGAGAACGACAACCAGACCCGCAUCAUCAAGAUCCAGAUGCGGCAGACCCGCCGUCCGGAGCUUGGUGACAAGUUCAGCUCUCGCCACGGGCAGAAAGGUGUCGUCGGUAUCAUCUCCCCACAGGCCGACAUGCCCUUCUCCGACGACGGCGUCACGCCCGACAUCAUCAUGAACCCGCAUGGUUUCCCAUCCCGCAUGACAGUCGGCAAGAUGAUGGAGCUGCUGAGCGGGAAAGCUGGCGUGCUAGAUGGUAGCCAGCAGUACGGCACGGCCUUCGGCGGGAGCAAAGUCGAGGACAUGGCGACGAUUCUGCUGAGUAAGGGCUUCAGCUACUCGGGCAAGGACUACCUCACCUCGGGCAUCACGGGCGAGGCGCUGCCCAGCUACGUCUUCUUCGGCCCCAUCUACUACCAGAAACUCAAGCAUAUGGUGCAGGAUAAGCUGCACUCGCGCGCUCGCGGGCCGCGCGCGACGCUCACGCGGCAGCCUACCGAGGGUCGGUCAAGGGAUGGCGGACUGCGGUUGGGAGAGAUGGAGCGGGACUGCCUGAUCGCGUAUGGCGCUUCGCAGCUGUUGUUGGAGCGGCUGAUGGUUAGUUCGGAUGCGCACGAGGUGGAUGUUUGUGAGCGGUGUGGGCAGAUGGGGUAUCAGGGGUGGUGUCAGGGGUGCAAGACGGGCGAGGGGGUCAGCAAGAUCACGAUGCCGUAUGCGGCGAAGCUGCUCCUGCAGGAGCUGGCGAGUAUGAAUGUUAAGGUGAAGUUGGGGUUGGGGGAGGAGUUUCCGAGUGGGUAG